CUGAGUUUAAGAGAAAUAUACAAAAAUAUAUAGGCUAUUUGUUGUUUGAAAUGAUUGUUUAUAUUCUUGAAGGUAAUUUUUAAACAUUGUUCCUGCUCUCUUUUUAGGCCUCAGAUAUUUUGCACUUGUGUAGGAGCCAUAGUAUAUCCCUGUUAAUUACAUGUACUAGUUAAAGUGAGACUUUUAAAGUGGAUUUUGGCUCUUGAUAGAAAAAUUUUCAAUUCUUAUGAGAAGUUUCUCUGGGUAGAACAAUAAUGUGUGAAGUAUAGGGCUUAGCUAUUUGAUACUUUGUUAGAUAUCACAUCUUAGUUGUUUACAGUUCUAACAUGUAUGUUUCAGAACAAUAAAAACCUAAAUUGUUAGUUGUAAUCAAAUUCCAGUGAGUUCUAGAACUAACAUAUGUCUUGUGUGUUAUUCAAUUGAGUAUUUAAAAAGUAUCUACCUGCAGGAACCAUUGUAAUGGGUAAAUCUUAAGUCCUUCAUCUUGGAACUCUGAUCUUGACACCUUUUGGAAUUCUUUUUGAUUUAAAAUCUUUUCAUGUUGUCUGUGAACAGAUCUGCUGAUAAUUAUUAGGUUGCUGCUGGCAAGAAAUGAAAGAUAGGAUAGUAAGAAAAAGGCUACUGCUUUAAGUACACAGUGAAACUUUCCUCUCAGUUCAGUAUAGUGCCAUAGUUGAUUUCAGAAGGAAAAUGGGUCAAGCUUGAAAAAACAACUUACAUGGAUCCUACUGGUAAAACUAGAACUUGGGAAACUGUGAAACGAACAACCAGGAAAGGACAGUCUGCUGAUGGUGUGGCAAUUAUCCCAGUGCUGCAAAGAACUCUUCAUUAUGAAUGUAUUGUUCUGGUGAAACAGUUCCGACCACCAGUUGGUGGCUACUGCAUAGAAUUCCCCACAGGUCUCAUAGAUGAUAAUGAGAGCCCAGAAGCAGCUGCUCUUCGGGAGCUUGAGGAAGAAACUGGUUAUAAAGGUGACAUUGCUGAAUGUUCUCCAGUUGUGUGUGUAGAUCCAGGUUUGUCAAACUGUACUGUACACGUCGUGACAGUAACCAUUAAUGGAGAUGAUGCUGAAAAUGUAAGACCUAAGCCAAAGCCUGGGGAUGGAGAAUUUGUGGAAGUAAUUUCCUUACCAAAGAAUGACCUGCUGAAGAGACUUGAUGCUCUAGUAGCUGAAGAACACCUAACAGUGGAUGCCAAAGUCUAUUCCUAUGCUCUGGCGUUGAAACAUGCAAAUACUAAGCCAUUUGAAGUGCCCUUCCUGAAAUUUUAAGGCCAAAAAGGAUACCAGACAUAUGUUUUUGUAAACAAGCCCACCAGGCCUUCUUCACUAAGACUUUGUAUUCAACAUGGUUUAAUGCAGUUAUGAAAUUAGCUUUUUCAUAAAAUAAAAGCAACAGAGAAUGCAUGUGGUGGUAUGGAAUUGUGAUUACGGGUAGGCUGUCACCUUCAUUUGAAAUUGUUAAACUCCAGCCAAAUGUUAAUGAAAAAGAACAUAAAUGCAGAUAUAUUUCCUCCUAAUUAAAAAACAAAACUGUUACUCUUCUAAUCUAGCCCUAGACACAAGGUAUUUCUAUAGGAAAAUAGACAUAAAUUCCAAAUGAGGUCAACUAUUCUAACACUCAGCCCCAAAUAUAAAAUUCUAUAACAGGAUAUGCAGAUAACUAUUUACUGCACUAGUGUUUAAUUUAAAAAAAAACAAACCUAUAUACAGAUUUUCUUGGCCUGUCCUAAUUGAACUAUUUGCUGUAUGCAGUUCAACUGGGUAACAGAAGAUAGAAAAUCAAUAGAGUAACAUUCUUGAUAAGCAGUUAUUUAUACCUAAUUACUGAAGCUGAAUCAGCUUUUAUGUAAUGAAAAAAUGGUCAAUUCCAGUCACGAUACUAAAAGACUAAUGAAAAUAUAGGCCCUUACCUUAAGCAUGUGCACAUACGUUUAGAAUCUUGAUUUUCUGUCCCUACCUCAAAAAGUACUUGAAGUUUCCAAAAAUGAAAUCGAUUAAAUAAUAAAAUUUAUAUGGCUUUGGCCAUUACUGUCUUGGUGUUAAACCAUGAGUGUAGCCAGCAAGGUUUCCAAGUACCAGAAACCUGAUACUAACUUUUUCUUUUCUUUUUAAAAUUUUAUUAUUGUACUUUAAGUGAAGGUUUACAAUUUAAGUUAGUCUCUCAUACAAAAAUUUA